AUGGAGCCUGUCCGAAUGCUAAUCGAGAGGCCGAUCCCCCGCUUGAAGCAAUAUCGUGGCACAACAAACCUGUCUGCCUCAGGCGAGGGUAUCUCGGCGCGGUUCAUCCGGGCCACAGUGUUUAUUCGUCAAACAGAGGAUUUCCGCUUCGAUUAUCCCUUCCCAAUAGAUGAACAAGCGGCCAUUCCAUCCCUUCGGCAGUGCUUCUUGCCUUUUGCCUACUCGCGGCGCAAGCCGGUGGAUAUAAAAGAAGCUCCCGAUUUCAAUCAUACUCGCCUGAAAAUACCUUGGGGCAACUGA